GCGAAUUCUAGUUUCUGAACUUCUCUGGUUCUAAUUGACCAAAUAUGGGCCGUGUGGAGAGCCUCCAUCACAUCGGCACUUGAGCCUUUUCUCCCUUCCCGAGGUCGCCAUCACCACCACCACCACCACACACACACCACUCCUACUAACGAAUCGCUCUACCUGAAUUAUUCAAUUAACCAUGCUUUGCGGGGUUUGAUACCCCGCCAUGUGAACCAUCCACAGCCUGCCAAAUGCUGUCCCGUCAUGUGCCUCUCAGCGCUAUCGCCGUUGGAGUCCCUGCCGAAUGAGCUCCUCGACUACAUCAUCUCCUCCGUCGCGGCGCCUCCUCCCUCGUUGGCGCGACUACAACAACCACCAAGUCAUCGAAUUGCCAAGAACAGCACUCGCGAUUUGAAGAAUCUCUCCCGGGUUUCGUCCGGUCUGUGCGCGCUGGUGCGACCUCGGCUCUUCGCGCAUGCCUGCUUCGACUUGCGAAAUGAGCGCGCGUUUCUGGAUUUCGUUGCGCAGUCAGAUCUGAAACGCCAUAUAACAUCGAUAGUGGUCAAGGGGAAUGACUCGCCCGAGAGUCGGGAGGAUCCAUACUGGUGGCGGCGGGUGUUGUGCGAGCUGGAUCCGUUGCGCAUAACGGUAGUUGCGCCGCCGUCGUAUAUCGGGGCGAUGCUGGGGACGCAGAUUUAUGAGGGACAUAGCUGGGCAUUUGAGAUUCCACUUCAGGUCCUGCAUCUCGAGCGGGAUGCUCGACAAGAUGGUUCUGCACUGCUAGAGAACCAUUCGAGCCUUCUAUCAGCCCGAGAUUGGCAAUCGCUCGAGUUCAACGAGGCCUCUUCUCUCAAAGCAUAUCACCAUUAUGAGUACUUCCUCUUCCGCGUCCCAUCAGUCUUUGGCCAAUGGGGUACACUGGCCCAUCCACCGGACCGUCCAGCAGACCUCCCCUCAACCCUCUCACUAAAUCGCCUAACGACAUUCAGCUAUACCGCCGUAUUCCCCUUUUACAACCACGCGGAUUUAGUCCUGGGUGCAGUAUCCCUAAUGACAAGCCUGGAAUCACUAACCACUCAACUUGCCCCUUGCCAGAACGACCGAGUUAUCGAAACCGAGCAGCGGGGGUCAAUUGACCCAAGCGAUCCGUGGAUGGAGCUUGUUACGGGAUACACACUGAUUGCCGAUGCUGUCGGGCAUUUAGGGAACAGGGGUUGUCUUCGACGGUUUCAGGCGCGCGAUUUUCAGUUCGACGCGCUGCGUUCGGAAUUGUCUUUUAUUUUCGAUAACAAGUUUCAUGGCUCCCCGUGGACGUAUGACGGGGGGGAUGUUUGGAAUAAAGUAGAUGGUGAUUGUAGCACAUAUAAACUAAACACGCGCAGUACGCAAAGAUGUUUCACAUCGUUGCUCUUCCUCGAAUGCACCACGGUAUACAUGAGCUCUGAAUUUUAUGUUAUUUCAGCGACAGCAGUGCUCUGUGCAAUAAAUGAAUCUCUGUUUUCUCAUUUUGAUAGUUCGUCUGGGUAUAUGUCUCUAUACACCUCAGACCCAGCACCUCCGGUUCUUGCACACGCUCUGCUAUCCCAACCAGUCCAAAACGCCAGAGACCCAAACGUCCCGGCUGAGAGAGAUCGUAAUUUGGGAGCAGCUAUUGAGGACGGAAUCCAAUGCUCGCCUGAUGCAUUAUUCCGCCCUGGAAUUGCCAUCGGCUUCUCACGACCUAGGAGGAGAGCUGCAGAUGAUGACGAUCAUGAAUAUAUAGGACGGAUCCCCCGAUCUAUCCUAACAAACCAUCUCCUCAAAAGUCCAUCACUAGCACCAGGCUCAUUCAACACAUUCAUAAUCCACCCAUUCAACCUCCCCAUCUUCUCACCCCAGAAUCUCCUCAACUCUCUUCUCUCUUCGAGAAACAACACCAACCUAUUCCGCGAAGAAGCAAUAACCCGCCUAGAUGCCGUCCAACUCCUCCCCGUCUAUGACUUCCCAGCAGCUAUGCAAGCCAUCACCCAAGUCUCAGAAACACUACAUCAAACCACCCAACAACGCCAGCAAGCUCCUAACCAUUAUCCCCAUCCAAUUGUUUUGAUUAUCGCUGGCCUGGAUGCCCUCGUCGAGAACGUCAUCCGCGCUUCGAACCCGAUCAAGGGGACAGCUGUGUUAAAUGCUGCAUUGCAGACGCUUACGGGGCUGUCAAGGGAGUAUGUGGCAUUUCUUUCUGUUUUGCUGGUUAAUACGAGUGGGCUUGGGAUGGGUACCGGGACGGGUGAUGUUGCGGUUGCUGAUGGAGAUUAUCAAGGAGAACAGUUAUCGGUGCUGCUGCCGAGUUUGCUUAUGAAGGCUUUGGACCAGGGGACUGACACGCAUUUACUGGUAUCGAGGGAGAGGAGCGGAGCUGGGAGGGUUGGGGUAGAGGUGAUUAAGGAUCGGGUGGGUGACUGGUCAGGAAGGAAAUGUGUUUGGGAUGGACGAUGA